AGGAAAUUUCAGUCCCUACUAUUUUGGGUCGUUUUAAAAAUCUGGAUUUUAAUAAACUUCCUCAACCCCUCUGUCGUUUUUUUUUAUAUAUUUCUGUUUACUGUAUAUGUUUAUAACACAGAUCCAUGAAGCAUUGGUUCACGGUUGUAAUUUAUCCUUCAGCAUAGACCAGCACUGUCAUCUAUCUAUGCAUUGAAUACUGGAGCAGAGAAAGAAAUGCAAUUGUAAUUUGGUUCCUGUCCCUGUAUAACAACGGGAGAGGACACAGAGAUACAACUUAACAACACUAUAGUGCCUUUCAGCAUUCAUAUUGGAACUCAGAGAUGCAGUGCUCCGAUAUUUUAACUACAAUGAGGCUGAAAGAGAAGCCUUAGGCAACCACAAUUUAGCUUUCUUAGACUGAAUUUGCAUGCCCCUAUAAAUUGUGAUUGGGUAACUUGAAGCUCAGCAUGUCAUGUAUAAACAGUCAAUGAGAACUGUUUAUAUUUUGGGCUGUUGGCUGAAUCCUAGGAAUUGGCUUUGUUCAACAGCUGCAAUGCAUUAAAUGUGUAAAUAAUGUAAACAGAACUUCUAAGUCAUUUUUAAUGUUAUUCUGUUAUAACACUUGUAUUAUUUCUCUAGGCUGCAAGUCAGCAGAAAUUGCAAAUUAAUAUUCUUCCUAGAAGCCAGAGGGAAGGUUAGUUGGGUGGUUCUGGAUGUCCUGCAAAAGCAGGCCAGGAUUGAUUUCACACUUCAUACUAAACCCUUGUUUAUGGUUUGCUGAAUAUACCAAUGGGUUGGUUUUGUACGUAAUGAUUUAGAAUCUAAACCCUAAACUUCAGAUAAACCCUGUCUGUAACUGAUACAGGCACUUACUACUUUUUUCUCCCAUAUUGCUUCCCAUCCUUUCCAAAUUUUAAUCCACUUGCUGAGUCAAGAAAGCUUGUACACUACAUAGCAAUCUUGCGCCAACUUCUACUCAAGUGCAUUGAUUUUAGCCUCUCUCUACUUUUCAAAGGAUCCUCACAAUGGACUGAAAUAGCCUAAAGCCAUAAAAAGAAGCUGGUGGGGUGCAUUCAGGAGGGAGGGUUUAUUAUGCUUUUCCCAACCUGUCCUUUUCAAGCAAUUCAAGCUGGGUCUAUCUUUACUUUUAGAAUACAAUAGAAUGAGCUGGAAGGGGCCUUAGAGGUCUUCUAGUCCAGCCCCCUAAGUUAAUAAAUUUCCCUUUCAGAUGUAUUUAAAAAACAAACACGACUGUUUCCGCUACUGAAAUAUGCAGCAUGAAUGAGCAACCCUCUCCCCUCAUUCAUUUCAAAUAGGUUUGCCAGCUCCCUCUAUCUCCAAGCUAAGCGUGCAGAAGUGACCUGAGCUCGACGCAGGCGGAUAUUGCGAAGCCGACAGGCGUUUGUAGCUCUCUCUUUUCUAGCUCUAGCAGUCUUCGCAAAGCUGGCGCCGGCGGAGCAAUGGAAGCGAAGGCGUUUCUGCGGGCAUCGUGCCUUUGCCGUCUGCAGUCAGCCGCGGCGAGAGGCACACCGGGCGGGCUGUGGUUCCGCCGCCGCUUCGCCCCUUCGGCACCCGCAGCUGUGGGGUCUCGUCCCGCUACGGGUCCUGGAGCGCUCAGCCCUUUCGACCGGCAGAUGAAGAGGAAGCAAAAGAAUUGGGCAGCCGGGCAGCCUCACGCGGAACGCUGCGAAUACCUGCGGGAAGAGGUUGGUGGUAGGAUGGCCGAUCGUGUCUUUGACAUAGCCAAGACAUUUCCCCUUGCCUUGGACCUUGGGUGUGGGCGAAGCUACAUUGCUCAACAUUUAAACAAGGAUGUUGUUGAAAGGCUUUUUCAAUCCGAUGUAGCUGAAAAUGCUCUGAAGAACACAAUAGAUUCAGAAAUACCAAGAGUCAAUAUCAUAGCGGAUGAAGAAUUUCUUCCUUUCAAAGAAAACACAUUUAAUCUUAUUGUCAGCAGUCUGAGUUUGCAUUGGGUCAAUGAUCUUCCCAAAGCCUUGCAUGAAGAUUCAGAUGAAAUCCAAGUUAACUAUCCAGGAAUGUUUGAAAUUAUGGCUGAUCUACAAGGUAUGGGAGAAAGUAAUUGCUGUUGGAACAGGAAACCUAUGAUACAUAGAGCGACUAUGUUGGCAGCUGCAGCAGUAUAUAAGGAAUUGUAUGGAAAUAAUGAUGGGACAAUACCAGCAACGUUUCAGAUAUAUUAUAUGAUAGGAUGGAAAUUCCACAAAUCACAGGCACAACCAGCACAGAGAGGUUCUGCAACAGCAUCAUUUGGAGAUCUGAGAAAAAUAAAUGAACUUAUUUCAGGGACCCGAGAUCGAAUAAAUGGUAUACACCCCGCUUUGCAAAUGGUUACACUGAAAACAAGAGUGAUGAUCUAUUGGAAGUGAUACACUGGAAGUGUAGAUUCGAGUGAAGGUAUCUCUGUGUCAGCCCUUCAAGGUAGUUCAGGCAAGAAGAACCAACCCCAAAAACUUAAGGAACUGAUAUAAAUCCCAGUCCAAGAAUUCUUCAUUAAUACUCAGAUAUUCUGGCCUUUCCAUCAGUCUCACUCUUUCAACUGCUCUGCCAGCUUUCUAUCAGACUGCAUCACAUGAAUUUCUUGAAGCACAACAUGGAUUCUAGAAAGACUAAGUAUCUACCUGAGAAUCAGUUCCACUGAGUUGAUUCCUAGACAUUCUGUUAAGUAUACUUCAUUUAAGACGAACAUGUGAGCUCUUCAAAAUUGGUAUGGAACAGAACAGUGGUGAAAUAAAAUGAAUAAAUGAAUAUGUUUAAAUUCAGUGUGAUUCAUGGUAUAAUAUAAAUGUGUUUGUGCAAUGGUCAGUCCAAUAAGUAUAUUACUUAGCAAAAUAGAAAAACUUACCUGGAAAAACCAGUCAGUUGAAGAGUUAAUUAACUUGUGUACCAGAAUUGAAAUGUAAGUAAAUAUUCCUUUGAAUACAUACCCCCACAUCCUUUGCGAGUUGAUUUUGAUGAUCUAAUUUAGGGAGAGGGUUUCUUUUUUUUCUUUUGCUGUUAAAACAUAUGGAGUAUCACAGCUUGCCUAUAUAAAAUAUGCAUGGACACAACUGCAGAAAAUUAAACUAAAUAAUCAAAGCUCAUUUAAAUCCAAAGUUCAUCUAGGUUUCUAUUCCUGAGUUGUUUGUUCAAGUAAAUGUUAGUAUUUCUUUCACUUCUUUUCAGGAACUUCUAUCACAAACAAUAAAGGCUAUGCAGAUUCUCUUUAUCUUGCCUCUGGGCCACAGAAGUAACUUGUGGCUCUCUUUUAUAAAAGUAACAUCAAUCAGUACUAACAGAAAAGUUUAUUGUAAGUCGUGAUGAGACCCACCAGAUAUAUGGGCCUAUUUAUCAAACAGUCUUGCAGAGUUUAAAUUUCAGCGCUGGGCCAUAUUCUAUUAAAUAAUGUUUUACUGAGUAAACCACAAUUAGCUAGGAUCACACAACAGAUGAAACUAUAAACUGAUUUAUAAGUCACACUGAUUGAGAUGACACAAUAUUCAAGCUUAUUGUAUCAUAUCUUGAUGCA